AUGUGUAUUUUAAGUAUUGUGAUAGGAUUUGCAAAAAUGGUUAACUUCACUAUCGACGAAAUUCGUGGUCUUAUGGACCGUAAAAAAAACAUUCGUAACAUGUCCGUUAUUGCUCAUGUUGAUCACGGAAAGUCCACAUUAACUGAUUCACUUGUCUCAAAAGCUGGUAUCAUUGCCGGAGCUAAGGCAGGAGAAACACGUUUCACUGAUACACGUAAAGAUGAACAAGAAAGAUGUAUUACCAUCAAAUCUACUGCUAUAUCUAUGUUCUUCGAACUUGACAAGAAAGAUCUUGGAUUUAUUAAAGGAGAUAAUCAACUUGAAAAAGAAAAAACUGCUGAUGGUAAAGAAACAGCUUUUAACGGAUUUUUGAUUAAUCUUAUUGACUCACCCGGGCACGUUGAUUUCUCAUCUGAAGUAACAGCUGCUCUUCGUGUAACUGAUGGAGCUUUAGUCGUCGUUGACUGUGUUUCUGGAGUUUGUGUCCAAACUGAAACUGUAUUACGUCAAGCUAUUGCUGAACGUAUUAAGCCUGUUCUUUUCAUGAACAAGAUGGAUCGUGCUCUUCUCGAAUUACAACUUGGACAAGAAGAACUUUUCCAAACUUUCCAACGUAUUAUUGAAAAUAUUAAUGUUAUUAUCGCUACAUAUGGUGAUGAUGAUGGUCCAAUGGGUGCUAUUAUGGUUGAUCCAUCUGUUGGUAAUGUUGGUUUUGGUUCCGGACUUCAUGGAUGGGCCUUCACUCUUAAACAAUUUGCUGAAAUUUAUGCCGAAAAAUUCGGAGUUCAAGUUGAUAAACUUAUGAAAAAUCUUUGGGGAGAUCGUUUCUUCAAUCUUAAAACCAAAAAAUGGUCAUCUUCUGAAGAUGGUGAAAACAAACGUGGUUUCUCUCAAUUCGUUCUUGACCCAAUUUACAAAGUUUUUGAUGCUAUUAUGAACAUCAAGAAAGACGAAACUACCAAACUUUUGGAACGUCUUAAUGUUAAACUUUCAGCUGAAGAAAAAGAUUUAGAAGGAAAACCACUUAUGAAGGUUGUUAUGCGUAAAUGGUUACCAGCUGGAGAUACUAUGCUUCAAAUGAUCUGUAUUCAUUUACCAUCACCAGUAACUGCUCAAAAAUACCGUAUGGAAAUGCUUUAUGAAGGUCCACAUGAUGAUGAAGCUGCUAUUGGUAUUAAGAACUGUGAUCCAAAUGGUCCACUUAUGAUGUACGUAUCAAAGAUGGUACCAACAACCGACAAAGGACGUUUCUAUGCUUUCGGUCGUGUUUUCUCUGGUAAAGUUGCUACUGGUAUGAAAGCUCGUAUCCAAGGACCAAACUACAUCCCAGGAAAAAAAGAAGAUCUUUAUGAGAAAACUAUUCAACGUACUAUUCUCAUGAUGGGAAGAUAUAUUGAACCAAUUGAGGAUAUCCCAUCUGGUAACAUUGCCGGUCUUGUUGGUGUUGAUCAAUAUCUUGUUAAAGGAGGUACCAUUACAACUUUCAAAGAUGCUCAUAAUCUUAGAGUUAUGAAAUUCAGUGUAUCACCAGUCGUCCGUGUUGCUAUUGAACCAAAGAACCCAGGAGAUCUUCCAAAACUUGUAGAAGGACUUAAACGUCUUGCCAAAUCUGAUCCUAUGGUUCAAUGUAUCUUUGAAGAAUCUGGAGAACAUAUUAUUGCUGGUGCUGGUGAAUUACAUUUGGAAAUUUGUCUUAAAGAUUUAGAAGAAGAUCACGCUUGUAUCCCACUCAAAAAAUCUGACCCUGUUGUUUCAUACAGAGAAACUGUUAUUAGUGAGUCAUCUAUUAUGUGUUUAUCUAAAUCACCAAAUAAGCAUAACCGUAUCUUCAUGAAAGCCGUACCAAUGCCAGAUGGAUUAGCUGAUGAUAUUGAAGGUGGACACAUUACUGCUCGUGAUGAAAUGAAAGCUCGUGCUAAAGUUCUUGCUGAGAAAUAUGAAUAUGAUGUUACUGAAGCUAGAAAGAUUUGGGCUUUCGGACCAGACGGAACUGGACCAAACAUUCUUGUUGAUGUAACUAAGGGAGUUCAAUAUCUUAAUGAAAUUAAAGAUUCAUGUGUUGCUGCCUUACAAUGGGCCACCAAAGAAGGUGUUCUUUGUGACGAAAAUAUGCGUGGUGUUCGUUUCAACAUUCACGAUGUUACCCUUCACGCUGACGCUAUCCAUCGUGGUGGUGGUCAAAUCAUUCCAACUGCUCGUCGUGUCAUGUAUGCUUCCGUUCUUACAGCUGAACCAAGACUUUUGGAACCAGUUUACUUGGUAGAAAUUCAAUGUCCUGAAGUUGCUGUUGGAGGUAUUUAUGGUGUACUCAAUAGAAGACGUGGUCAUGUCUUUGAAGAAUCACAAAUUGUUGGUACCCCAAUGUUCCAUGUUAAGAGUUAUCUUCCUGUCAAUGAAUCAUUCGGAUUUACAGCUGAUCUUCGUUCUAACACUGGUGGACAAGCUUUCCCACAAUGUGUCUUUGACCAUUGGCAAGUUCUCCAAGGAAAUCCACUUGAAGCAGGAACAAAACCAAAUCAAGUUAUUCUUGAGACACGUAAGAGAAAGGGAUUGAAGAUUGAAGUUCCAGUUUUGGAUAACUACUUUGACAAGUUGUAA